AUAAAUUCACUUCGCAAUAGUCGGACAAUGGACAGCAGGUUUAUGGAUUUCAUCUUUAUGCUUAAACAAAUUUGUUUACUAGUCUUUGUUAUUAAAUAAACGUGUUCAUAUUUUACCAAGGUAAAUAAUUAAUUUCAUUUUAUAUUAUUUAAUGUCCAGUCCAGUGUGAGUUGUUACACUUUAGAAGUCACAAUGGAGGACCAAGGGAACAGUGAUGAAAAUAUAGUAAACGCAAUUGAUGUUUUAACGAAUAUGUUUGGAAACAUUGUGAGUAAUGAUGUGAUUGUAACUAUUGCUGAAAGCUGCUGCGGCAAUCUUGAUUUGUCAGUGGACGCAAUUAUGAGUAUAACUAGUGAUUCUAAUUCAACCAAAACAAAAUCAGCUGAAAUGCAAGAAGUUGACGAUUAUGCUAGUUUGGAUAUAGCAACAUCGAUGAACAACGAAAAGCCUCCUGAAUUGUCGGUCACUAUUAAUCAAAGAACAAGUGUAGAUGAAGUCCCCAUGUCUUAUGUAUCUGCAGCUCAAACUGCUCAAACACAAUCUAAACAAAUGCCAAAGCCAGAUCGACAAAUAAUGAACCAAAUGAAUUUUUGGACAGACCAAAUUCGUCAAAUUAUCAUGCACCAUAAUAAUGGUGCUAGAAUAAUGGUUAUUAUGAGAGGCCUGCCAGGUAGCGGUAAAUCAUAUUUAGCCAGAAAAAUUAUAGAAAUCAUAAUGGGAUCAGAUCCAAAUAACUUUCACAACCACAUAUUUAGUGCUGAUGAUUUUUUCAUAGUACGGGGCAAAUAUUUUUUUGAUAAAAAUAAAAUAUCUGCUGCGCAUGAGUGGAAUAGUCGGAGAAUCUACUUUGCAUUAAAUAAAGGAUUGAGUCCUAUUAUAGUAGAUAACACUCACACUGAAAUGUGGGAAAUGAAUUUUCCUGUUUACUAUGGUGUACAAUUUGGAUACAUUAUAGAAAUCGUAGAACCAAAUACUCCAUGGAAGUGGAAUACAAACUUGUUGUUUAAAAAGAACACACACCACGUUCCUUUUACCUCUAUUAAAAAAAUGUUGGAUAGAUAUGAAAGAGAUGUUACCACAGAUAUGGCCUUAAAGUUUAGCAACGCAUCAUAUCCCAUCAACUUAACGCCUCCAGUUUUGAGAAAAAUACCUCCUGUAUUAAAUGAAACUAACGUCGUAACAAAUGCAGGUGAAAAUUCUUCGUGGACACAGGCUAACUGUGAUCAACAAGCUCACUCAAAUGCUCGAGAAAAUCAGAAUAAACAUAUAAGUAACUCCGGUGAAAACUGCAGUCACUCAUCUCAACCAAUGAAGGAGAUCAGUGAUGAUAAAAUGGAAUGUACAUCGUACUCUAGUGCAAAAAAUGAUUUUGCUAAUGAAAAUAAUGAACAAAAAUCAUCUAGCCACAACCAAAUGGACGAAUUAGAAAAAGAAAAUACACAAACAUCUGAAGAAAAAAAUUCAAUAAUAUUACAUGAUAAAGCAGUAAACCAAAAUCAACUAAAGGAGGCUGAGAAAUGCUUAAAAGAGAUAGAAGAAGUGGAACAAGAAUGGGAAAAUGGAGAAAUGUGGGAGGACGGUACUAAAAAAAAUAAUAGUAAUGAUAAUUUACCAGCUGUCGAAACUGCCCCUAAACCUCCACGAAAUUCUGUGGAAGCAAAAUCUAAUAAAUUAAUGGAAUCUGUCAAAAAAUGUGAAGAUUGGAGUCGGAUUUCCAUGUACAUGUCACCAUGGCAUGAUGAAACCGAAACAAUCCAAAAUAAUGAUAAGCCUAUUCCUACUGAAAAGAAAACUAGCACCACUUGCGUGGAAAUAGGCGAUACAGACCCAUGUAAAAACAGCUACAAAAUAAUUUCGGCAGUAGCAAGAGAUAUUAAUAGUUCUUAUACUACGACGAGAAAAGAAAAAAUUCCAGACCAGCGUAUGUUAGAUAAAAGCACCAUGACCAAUGAGCAAGUAAUGACAGAUUCUUUCAGGUGUAAAAAUGAAGAAAAGCAUUUUGUUGCAUUCAGGAAGUUAUUUAAAAACAUAAGCAGAGCUGAUUUGCGCGAUGUUUUCGAUAAAUGCUGCGGUGAUGUUAAUUGGGCAGUUGACAUUGUAUUUGAUGGAAUGGCGAGUAAACUUUACGAUGAAAGUGAUGCACAAGAUACUUCUGAUGCAGAAGAAGAUAUAGCCGACGAAUGUGAUUGUUUAGCUGCUUAUAAUAUAAUUCCAGAUAGAGCACAAGCCAUUGAACUGAAUUCCACAGCACCUGAAAGCAAUGAUGAAACCAAAGAAACACGGCCAUUACAACAAAAACGUCCGAAACAAGAAGUUUCUUUGUCAGAAACGGUAUUGCAGUUAAAAAAAGAGAUAGAAAAAAGUGUGAAAAUUUCAGAAGAACAUUAUUCUCCUCAUUUUCUGAGAAUAAGACAAUUGCGGCGUGGUGAAUACUCUACAAAUGAUGAUUUAUUGGCUGUGCCUAGUACAUCCGGUCUUGGGAAUAAUUAUUCAAAUACAGCUGCUACGCCAACUGAGCUAGAAUGUAAAUCUAACGAGAAUGAAGUAUCUUCUAUUAGUGAUGAUGACACAAAUAGCGAAGCGGUUUCUGAAACAUAUGUAACUGUUGACUUGAGCAAGGGCUUAAUUCAAAUCUUAGACGAACUGUUUGAUAGAAAACAAAUGCAGUAUCCGGAAAACAUUCUACCGGUUGCGAGUAUGCCGAUGUCUUUAAUGAAUGAAAUAAACGCCUUAUGGGUAGAGUCUUUAACUUAUCAAUUAGACCAGCAAUCUGAUCAGGCUUGCUUAAUGUUGAAACAAGAUGCGGAGCUAGCUAGGCAACUGGCUUCAAAAGAAUUGGAGUUUAUACAGGAGGGCAGGGAACCAGUUGUGCCGGAUUUCAAAGAAAUUAUGGAUAUGGAUCUUGCAGUAUCAUUGUAUCAAAAAGAUGUGGCGAAAUGGAAGAAAAAAGAACCACAAGACUUGGCCGCUAAGAUGACAAGAGAAAAACUUUACAACUUGUUCCCGGAAAUUUCUCAAGAUGUUCUAGGAGAAUUACUAAUGGCCCACGAAAAUAAUUUUCAAACCACCGUUGAGGUGCUGCUAAUGUCAAUAGGACGAACAGAUAUUUUGGAGGCCGAAAAUGGAUUAAACAAGUUUGUAAUGGAGAAGGAACUUCAGCGCCAAAAGACUAUACUAGAACAGGAGAGAAAGGCUCUUUCGGAAGAGGAGUGGCCUUUACUGCCAAAAAGCGAAGUGGUCGAAAUGGGAACCGUUCAGUAUUACCGGGAUGAGGCAGAAAUGCAUUUAGAGCAGCGCAACUAUAAUCAUAACAAGGCGCAACACUGCAUCCGUUUGGGGAUGCUGCAAGUAGCCGACUAUUAUAUUGACGCUGCCAAUCUCCAUAAGCAAAAAUACGAAAUCGCCAAAAAUCUCGCCGUUGCUUCACUUAUACAGGUUCACGCCACAAGGAAUCCGGACAGUGCAACCAUAGAUCUUCAUUACCUGCGCGUUCUGGAAGCCAAGGAGUCACUUGACAUCUUUCUGGACACGCAUAUACGCAAGCUGAAAGAGUCGCACGCGCGCGGCGGUUCGCGAUACAACACGCUGUAUUUCAUCACCGGUAGGGGCGCUCACAGCAACGGACGACCGAAGAUAAAGCCCGCCGUGAAGAAGCGUUUGCUUCAACGGGGCCUUGCCUACUCUGAGCGCAAUCCCGGCAUGCUGACGGCCAAGGUAUGCGCGGAUGACAAGCUAUCGUACCAACUUCAGAGUUCCUAGGAUCAGCUUUCUACAACAUUGCCUCUAUUAAAUCAACCCUCGUAUCAUUUGAAUUCUCAAUCACCGCAAUGCCCCGUAUUGAUGUAUCCAUUGAAUUACAACCGACCUCAUUACAUUAUGUACAACGGGUGGUCAAGCGCUGUUUAUUACAAUCCCUAUAUCAAUUAUUUCUUUUUGAACCCUAAUAUGAUGCGAGUGUCCCCAAACGCAUACCGUUACGUCUAUGGUGUUUAUUAUGGUAACAGCGUUUACAUAUACGGAGCUUAGACUUGAACACAUUGAAUAUUAAAACGAUUUCAUAAAUCCUAUUUCAUAGUAAGAUUAUAUCUUUAUGCUUGAAUUAAUGGUAAGUAAAUGUGUAUAUUCGCUUUCCCCUCAGUUUUUGCUUUAGCAAAGUAAAGCGUAUUUAAAAAUAAAUACAAUUCCGUAUAUAUGGAUAAAAGAGAAUACACAUCAUCAUUAGGUAAGUGACGCUCUGUUCUAUUGAGGUAAUUGUUGUAGAAUUAAUAUUUUGAUAUCUUCUAUAUUAAAAUUAAAUACUUUAUUAGUACACGCUCAGUAAAUAGUAAUAUAUUUUAAUGCAUAAGUAGUAUGCAGUAUUUCAUUCUUGCAAGUGUAACAUAGAGACAUUUAGUGGUAGAUUAUUCAUGCCAAAAGACAUAUUGACUUAGUGAGCUUAUUAAUUUAAUAUUGACUUUUGUUUACAGUUUCUAUGCCAUUUACAUAGUAAUAAUGGACGUAAUAACAAAAAAAAAUAUAGUAUUAAGUUUCUAUGUGUAGAACAUUGAGCAUAUUCAAAUUCGUGCCAAAUUGUAACAUCGAUAAAAUUAAAUAAUCUUGAAUCAAAAGUAAUUAAAAUACUCGUAAGAACCGUUACAUAAUUAAAUAAAAAAAAUACCAAGUUUCUAGUCUAUACUUAGGUGGUUAGUAACUUUAAUAUAUUAUUAAAAUGUAGAAGAGUAAAAUAUGAAUAUUUUUAAUGGACAUUGCGUUACCGUAGAAUAAACUGAAUAACUUUUUGUCUUGUAGAUCAGUAGUAUUUAGUAGUAGUAAAUAGAAACAAAUACAUAUAAAAAGUACCCACUAUUUCCAUAUUAUAGUAAUCAAAUAAUAAAUUUAAAUAAAAUAUAGUAUAUUAUCAAUUUUUGUCUUAUAAGAAUAUGAUAUAUAUUAUCAACAAUAUAUUAUUAAAAACGCUAUGGAGAGAUGAAGACGGAAGAUAUUAGUAGAAUUCUAAGUGUAAUUCUUUAAUUUUAAGAAAAAUAUGUCCCUUGUCCUUCUAGAAUAUUUAUGCCAUGAUAAUAUUGCUCCUCUUUAGUUACCUGUACAAGUUUAGAUGUGUACAUUGCUAUAUAAUUAUAUAUAAUUAAAUAGUAAGGACUUAAAUAUUCGUAUUACGAACGAAUUUAUAAAUCGUGUUACCGUAAAUGAAACAUUAUUAACGACCGUGAAGCUAGACCAAUGUUUUCACCCGUUCGCCUAGCGUUUGAAAUACAAAUAAACGUUACUACUACAUAGUCUAUGAAAUUCCAUCUUUUUUUCUUAUCUAUGCGUUGGUAGCCUAAGGGGUUAUUCCAGCUUCUCGCGGACGGGUAGGUGAGCUCACGGGCUCAACGUGAAAGA